GACUUCCCCAUAUUCAACACACGAGUACCUUUCUUAGCAAGAGCCCUCGUGGAAAACGGCUUGGCUUCAGUAAGACGGCGUUUGGUGGGUGCCUUUGGAGCCUGACCCCAUCCAACAGUUCGUAUGGAAUUCAAUCUGUCUUCAAGUCACAGUGAUGGCACCACAUCGUUGCAUGAGACCAGCUGCCCACUGAAAGUCACCGAGGACAUCUGGUUCGGAUGCUGUUCCUGCACCUAUAUCACCAGAGAUCAACGUGUAAUUUUGAGCCACCUGGCUGCCCAUGGUGAUGAACAAUCCAAGUGUCAGCAUCCUCCCACAUCUGGCUCUAAGUCACAAGUGCUCAGUAACACUCAAAAGUGCAAGACUGAAAAGCCAUUUAAGUGCAAGCUUUGCCCCCGACAGUUUGCUAAUAAUUCCCUUCUGACCUAUCAUAAUCGAGCACACACUGGUGAAAAGCCAUUUAAGUGCAUGCAAUGCCCCAAAGCCCUUGCUCAAAAUUUCCUUCUGACCCGCCAUACUCAAACACACACUUGUGGAAAACCUUAUAAGUGCAAGCUGUGCCCCAAAGCAUUUGCUCACAGUAAAAGUCUGAUCUACCACAAUCGAACACACACAGGUGAAAAGCCAUUUAAGUGCAAGCUUUGCCCCGAAGAGUUUGCUCAUUAUUCUCUUCUGACCUACCAUAAUCAUUUGCACACUGGUGAAAAGCCAUUUAAGUGCAUGCAAUGCCCCAAAGCUUUUACUUCAAAUUCCCAUCUGCAAAGCCAUAAUCGAAUGCACACUGGUGAAAAGCCAUUUAAGUGCAAGCAGUGCCCCCAAGCCUUUACUCACAAUUCCUCUCUGAGAAAUCAUAAUCGGAUGCACACUGGUGAAAAGCCAUUCAAGUGCAAGCGGUGCCCCCAAGCCUUCGCUCAGAGUAGCAAUCUGAUCUACCACAAUCGAAGACACACAGGUGAAAAGCCAUAUAAGUGCAAGCAGUGCCCCAAAGCCUUUACUCAAAAUUCCUAUCUGAUAAAGCAUAAUCGAAUGCACACUGGUGAAAAGCCAUUUAAGUGCAAGCAGUGCCCCCAAGCCUUUGCUCAUAAAACGAGUUUGACCCGUCAUCGAAAACAGUGUUCAAAGGGAGACGAGGGUCUCUAACUUUUUAUUUUUUCAUUUAUUGUGUUGAAACUCUCAGUAGCGAUUUGAAAUCUGCAAUUAGUUUUAAGAUAAUUUUUCUAGGUCCUAACAUCAAUGCAUUUAUAAUUUCAUUUAGGUCCUUAUGGGUCGUUAGCAUAAUUCAGAAUAUAUCAGAAUUUUUUAGAGAAUUGGAUUCACCAAGACAUGUGUUGUGCAGUAAUGCUAUUUUUGUUGCUUUAUAUAUCAUACAAUUUUAAUUAUUAAGUGCCAAGUAUUAAUUAGUCGCUAACGACCCAUAAGGUGGGUCCAAUUAAAAUUACAAAAUUAUUGAUAACUCAGAAUGUAGUAUUGCUAUUGAAAACUAAUUACACAUCGGAAAUCAACACUGAGAAAUACAUUUGUACACUAAAUUUCAAUAAAAUAAACAAAAAAAUAAAGAAAAAAAUGAAUACCCUUGU